UCCUACAGCGCCUCCUUCACAACCGCAAUCAGACAACCAGAUUUGAAUGCUCAAAUACAUACUGUAGGAUAAUAGUCAGCGUUUUUUUACUUCAAUGUACUGUAUAUUUUUAUCUUCAAUGUUAAGCCGAGCAUAUCUUCCAAAGAAGUGGUCUGUAUCGAUUUCGUACAUUUUUAUUGUGUUUAUCCAUGUUGUUUUGAUAAGCCUCGCCUAUGGAUGAUGAUUUGACACUUCUAUUACUUUUUAUGUGAGGGGAGAGUAAAAAGGACAAUCACAUUAUUUUUAAAUGGGCGUCAUUUUCUGAAAUUCACAGAGUGGAGAGAAAAACCGAGUUUGAGAGAGAGGAGACAUCCGUUUGAUAAGUGACAGUGAAGAAGGCGGACAUUGUUAUCCUCCACACACCACGCAAUAGGACAAGCAUGAGUCUGGAUUCAUAUUUUUUUGAGUGACUUCAAAGCCUUAUGGUUUGUUUGUUUUUCUAUGGUGAAUUUCAAAUGACUGCCUCUCAUAGUUUCAUAAUCAAAAGGAAUGAAUGUUAUGCCAUGAACAAAUCCUCCGAACAGAGGGAAUACAACAUUUACUCGGACAACGAACGCAGAUGCUCUUCCGCACGUCUUUUCUGAUAAGACUUGAAGAUCUCAGUGAAAGAACAUUGUCAUAUCUUUGUCCAAGGUUUUGCGAUAUAGGAUUACGAGCCAGCUACAAUAAAAACGAAAUAACGGAUUGAAGCAGCAUGAAAACCUCACCCUGCCGACGGUAACCAAGGAAAAGAAAGGGGAAACGGGACAGACAGUAAUGCAUACUUGUUUCAUAAAGGCCUCUAAUCACAGAUUAUCAUGUGAGAUUUGAGAGUGAUUGAUUGACAUUUGAUAGAACAAAUAUUGCCAUUGUUGCUUUUUUUUUUUAUAGCAAUAGCGACCUUGUUCAGGGCAUUUUAUAGCUCAUAGAAAAACGUCAAUUUGAUCAUGUGAAGCAUGUGCACUGUUCCCUUUAUCCAUAGGCAAAGCCAAGAAUUGCUGUUGGCCUACAUUUGCUUCAACGGUGGGAAAGAGACAGUUGAUAGUCACAAUUCAGGGCAGACUAAAAAGCUUGCUAUACAUGCCCCAUUGUAGAGCAUCCCAGGAAUUAAAGGCUACAGUUAUUUUACCCUCAACUGCCUGUAAUCAGGAAAGGCAUUUUUUUCUCAGGUUAUUGUAUUGUAAUCAGCUAAAACAAUAUGGGGAGUGACAGUGAGAUUUACAACAGAGAGUUGUCAAAGAUGUCUGACGAGGAUUUACUCGCCUGCUCUAAAGAAGAGCUGGUGAGGCGACUGCGUAAAGAGGAGUCUGAAAAGAUCUCUGCUCUUAUCCAGCGUGGUCGGCUGAUAAAAGAAGUCAACAAACAAUUACAAGGCCACCUGCUUGAGAUCAGGGAGCUGAAAACCAUCAACCAGCGUCUCCAGGAAGAAAACACAGAACUGCGCGACUUGUGCUGUUUUCUUGACGAUGACCGACUAAAGGUGAAUAAACUGGCCCGGGAAUGGCAGCUGUUCGGUCACCACGCAGCCAAAGUGAUGCGUGAGGAUCUGGGCGGCUACUUGAAAAAACUGUCCGACCUAGAGCGCAUGCAAGACGGAUUAGUGAAGGAGAAUCUGGACCUGAAAGAGCUCUGUCUGGUCCUGGAGGAGGAGUGUGUCAGCAGGAGUGACUCCAGUCCCGGUGGAUCCACUGAACUCAACCUGCCGUGCAUGGUGUCCCGAGACCUGGGGGAUGGAAGUUCAAGCACUGGGAGCGUUGGUAGUCCGGACCAGCUCCACCUGGUUUGCUCACCUGAUGACUGAAGAUGGAACAGAGCUGGAUACUUUCACUGAUUAGUGAAAAAGCACGAUACAGCGUAAUAUGGGUCGAGGAAAUAUGUUGACAUUGUAGGAAUAUAAUUGUUUACAGCAUUCUUUGCUAGAACACACACUUUGUUGGGAUUCUUUUAAGAAGAUAUCAUAUUACACGAAAUACAGCAACAUCUCCAGAAUGGCAGCCGGUCAGGUGUGCCUUCAGCACCUGCUGCUGUCGUCACGAAAACUUGAAAAAUAAUCCUGAAGAGAAAAUAAAAAUGCUUUUUCCUGGAAAGAUUGACAGCCCUACAGAGACAUUAGACACUUUUCGACCAAUCUUGUCGGUUUUUCUCUUUUCAGUGAUUGAGACUGUAUAUGGUUAACAUUAGAGGUGUUGUUGGAAGGGAGGAUGAGUUAGGAUGUUAUCUCAUGCACUGGCAGUGGACUACUUUUCACCGUAUUGCACUGGACAAAGCAUGGAUCCCUGUAGAUUCAUAUCUCAACACAGAUUUGAGCCAUACUAGUACAUGAUAUCCAAAACCAUUGAAAAAUUUGAAGGAUGAGUUUUUUUGUGAGAGACCUUUAAAUAACAUUUAAAUCAUGUAGAUUAUGCAUUCAGUCCCUCAGGUCAGGAUUGGAGUGCUGUGUGUAUGAAAUCUCAAACUAACAAUGAAAUUGUGUAUUAUCAGCGCUGUCUUGGCUGCCCUUCAGUUUUACACUGAAAUUGCACGAGAGACAUAGUGUGCUACAGUCAUUUAGGCUGUACAAUACACUAAAUAUGGCACCGCUGGUUUGAGUCUUACACCUGCACCUAUGAACUGAACUCACUCAGAACUGAACUGCCCAGGCAGUUCUCAACCAGCCACUUUUGUAUCAAACUGGUAGGUCUAGACUGGAGUUUACAAGAUGAUGGAUUUAUAGAUGCUGGCGACUAGGCAAGACACUUUUUAUUUCUUUAUUAUUGUUAUGAUUAUUAUAACUGCUUCACAUUUUCUGUAUAAGUUGCCAGUAGUCAGGAUCCCAAUAUAACUCAUGUUUUGUGGUAAUUCUGUAGAGCUACUCUCUCAUUGUCUUCAUUAACUUGACCUAUUAGUAUUACUUCAUUAAUGAAUACACAUUUCUGUUUUGUGCAUCUAGAACAUGGUCCUGGAUUGGAUAACAUUUGCUUUUUUGGCUUUAAUUGGUGGGCUGCUCGUAUUGCAUUGAAGACCUUUAAAUACACUGGCUGAGACACUCAA